UUUUCACAUCCUUCUGCAGGACAGCAGGAUUUUAAUGUUGCCAUCUAAAUAGAAAUUGGCAACAAAGAAUAUGUCAAAAUGAGAGUUCAGCUUGACAGUGACGUAAAAUAGACAGUUCUUUCAUGUCCAUUUCGCCUCCCAGUGGCAUUAUACGCGUUUAGUCGUAACUCAUACAAACGCAACGAUGUCGGGAGGAUUAGACGUGCUCGCUCUAAGCGAAGAGGAUGUCACCAAGAUGCUUGCAGCCACCACCCACCUCGGGUCGGAGAACGUUCACUUCCAGAUGGAGACGUACGUGUACAAACGCCGAGCGGACGGCACACACGUGAUUAACCUUCGUCGUACCUGGGAGAAGCUGGUGUUGGCCGCCCGCGCCGUCGUGGCCAUCGAGAACCCCGCGGACGUGUUCGUGAUCUCGUCGCGUCCGUUCGGCCAGCGCGCGGUGCUCAAGUUCGCAGCGCACACCGGCGCCACACCUAUUGCCGGACGUUUCACUCCUGGUGCAUUCACUAACCAGAUUCAGGCAGCGUUCCGUGAGCCUAGCGUCUCCCUGAUUGUGUUGGACCCUGCCCAAGACCACCAGCCCAUUACUGAGGCUUCCUACGUCAACAUUCCAGUCAUUGCCUUCUGCAACACUGACUCCCCUCUCAGAUUUGUUGAUAUCGCCAUCCCUUGCAACACUAAGUCAUCCCACUCCAUUGGUCUUAUGUGGUGGUUGCUCGCCCGUGAGGUGCUGAGACUACGUGGCGUGCUCGCUCGCGACCAGCGCUGGGACGUAGUGGUUGAUCUGUUCUUCUACCGUGACCCUGAAGAAAGCGAGAAGGAGGAACAACAGGCUAAGGAACAGGCUGUGGUGGCGACCAAGGCCGAGGUGCCUCCGCCGGUGCACGAGGACUGGAACGAGACUGUGGAGCCUGUGACGUCGUGGGUGGAGGACGCGCCCGCCGCCCCCGCCGCCGCGCCCGCUCCCGCCUUCGGAGCGCCCGCCGCGCAGGAAGACUGGGCCGCUCAGGUUCCGGACGAAUGGAGCACGACUGCCGCGCCCGCCGCCGCCGGCACUCCCUCGUGGGGUGGAAACAACCAGGACUGGAGCGCAUCGUAAACUGCGUCGCAUUGGUUAAUAUAAUAUGACAAAAUUA